AAUGGAUGUAGCUGCUGAGAUGAAUGCAUUAAAAGAAGAGCACCGUUGCUUGCGAGAGAAGAUAACAGCUGUAAAUUGCCAUGAACAACAGUUAAAUGAAGAGGAAGCAAGAGUAGAACAGCUAAAACUACAACUAGAACAAGAGAAGGCAAAGCUAAAACUGAACCAAGAUAUUCUUGUUCAAGAAAAGAUGUUCAUGGCCCAGACUCAAAAAGAAAUUGAGGAAACAAGAAAAGAAGUUGAUGUUAUUCGUCAUGAGCAGGAGAUCAAAUUUAAUCAGAUUACUUCACAGACCCGAGCUCUUCACAUGCACCAAGAAAGAAUAGAAAAUGAGAACUUGAAAUUAGAACAGUUAAAGGAAGAAGUGAUUCGUUUAUCAAAAUUAGGCUUAUGUGCCACUUGCCGGACAAAAGGAGCUGGAGAAUUCCUGCUGGAAAGGUUAAAACCACAAAAUGGACGUCUCCCAGGGGAUGGUGGAGAAGGACAUAUCAGUAGCUCUCUAAAAUUGGAGAAUCAUAAUGUAAGAUUCUGCAUGUUAAUUAUACCAUUUGGAAAUUAUGUACAGCACCCAUAAGUUAAAAA